UCAUUCCACUCUGAAAAUUUCAUUGCGCCAAAGGCCUCUUGCUUGCCGCAAAUUCAACCACCGAAUUAGCACCACUUUUUCACUCUAAUCGUGCCUUUGCCCUCUUGCUGAUGACCAUCAUUUACAACAUUUACAUUUUCGACCGCCAUUGCGAAUGCAUUUUCUACACCGAGUGGGCCUGCCAGAACUCGCCGCUCACCACACGUCCCGGUCAGCCAGCUGACUCCAGCACUGUCCAGGCGACGGCACGUGGAGCGAGCAGUGAUACCCAGGACCGGAACUCGCUCGACCAGCACCGCCCCACUGUGUGGCCCUCGUCCGCCAACUCCACACAUGGCUCUGCCCAGCGGAACUUGCCCAUGGAAGAAGAAGCCAAGCUGGUCUACGGCGUCGCCUUCUCUACACGAAACAUUGUCAACAAGCUCAGCGGCAAAGACGGCCCGCAAGGUGGCAACCCGGGCGGCUUCAUGUCCUUUGCCACAAAUACCUACCGCAUGCACUACUAUGAGUCACCGACCGGUGUUAAAUUCAUCCUCAACACUGAUCCUCACACGGCAUCCAUGCAGCAGGUACUGGAGAUGAUAUACCGGAACAUCUACGUCGAGUACGUAACCAAGAACCCGCUGUUUAAUCCAAAUCCUGCCACAUCUGCUCCCAUCGAGAACGACUACUUCCGCGCAGUUUUGAACAACUACAUCCGUGAGAUAACCACUUUCAUCACAAGCCGCUGCUUAAGAUAAUAAACGCUGUGCUUGACUUUGGCGUGG